GUUAUGACGGUGGCUUAGGAACGCUCUCUUGGCUGUCUCCCUUAACAUCUAUCUUUCAGUGGGCAGAGGGGAACUCUGCAGAAGAGCUGGCUCCUGCUUUGGCGCAGAGGAGGCCGCAAUCCCGAGAUUACGCCUGACCCGGAUAAGCCCCAGCCAAGUGACUGCCCGCCCUGGAGGCCUGGCCACAGCACCGGCCGCUGGGACUUCUGAAGACCGCCUCUAGCCUCGGAAGAGCUGUAAGAAGUUGGACGUAGAAUUGCUUCCAAGAUUGGCUUCCUAUAUAAAUCUGUAGUUUCCUCAUUCUCCUUCACAUCCUGUAAUCAUGGACUUGUUCAUAUGACCUUAUAACGCAUCAACUGGCCAUCUUAUCAGGAGAUUCACCAACAAAAGUAAAUUGUAGACUGGCUUGAAAAACACUCCCAUGGAUUUGAUCUUGGCAGUUAAUGGCAUACUGUCUUACAGUAUUAUUUAAAUGUUUCAUAUUGCUUAGUUUUCUUUCUUUUUUCUUGAAGACUAAUUAGUCACACUGGAUAUGCUGCUCUUCUUUAUUUUGGGAUUGUUCGUACAUUUUGUGUUCUUCGGCUCCAUCUUUGAUAUUUAUUUUACCUCUCCUUUGGUUCAUGGGAUGACUCCUCAGUUUACGCCAUUGCCUCCUCCAGCAAAAAGAUUAGUACUGUUUGUUGCGGAUGGCCUGCGGGCAGAUACACUUUAUGAACUAGAUGAAAAUGGAAAUUCUAGAGCGCCAUUUAUUAGGGAUAUCAUAAUGCAUGAAGGCAGCUGGGGCAUAUCUCAUACCCGUGUGCCAACUGAGUCUCGGCCAGGUCAUGUGGCCCUGAUCGCUGGGUUUUAUGAAGAUGUCAGUGCUGUUGCCAAAGGAUGGAAGGAAAAUCCUGUGGAAUUUGAUUCUCUUAUUAAUGAAAGCAAGUACACAUGGAGCUGGGGAAGCCCAGAUAUCUUGACUAUGUUUGCCAAAGGUGCUUAUGGAGACCAUGUUUACACAUGUAGCUAUGAUGCUGACAUUGAAGAUUUUGGUGCUCAUGAUGUAACAAAACUGGAUACUUGGGUUUUUGAUAAAGUUAAGGAAUUCUUUCAUACUGCCAGAAACAACCAGUCUUUGUUUUCUAAACUAAAUGAAGAAAAAAUAGUUUUUUUCUUACAUUUAUUAGGAAUAGAUACAAAUGGACAUGCUCAUCGACCAUCAUCAAGGGAAUAUAAGGACAAUAUUAGACUAGUGGAUGCAGGAAUAAAAGAAAUGGUGUCCAUUCUUGAACACUUUUAUGGAAAUGAUGGGAAAACAGCAUUUGUCUUUACCUCGGACCAUGGAAUGACAGACUGGGGUUUCCAUGGGGCUGGUCAUCCUUCAGAGACUUUAACUCCGUUUGUCACUUGGGGAGCUGGAAUCAAGUAUCCCCAAAAAGUAUCAGCUCAGAAAUUUGAUGAUAUGUUUUUGAAAGAAUGGAAAUUAGAGAGCUGGAAGAGGCAAGAUAUCCAUCAGGCUGAUAUUGCACCAUUGAUGGCUUCUCUUAUCGGAGUUCCCUUUCCCCUUAAUUCAGUGGGCAUCCUUCCUAUAGAUUAUCUUAACAACACCGAUCUCUUCAAAGCAGAGAGCAUGUUUACAAAUGCAAUACAGAUUCUUGAACAAUUCAAGGUGAAAAUGACUCAGAAAAAAGAAGUUACUUUACCGUUUUUGUUUAUACCAUUUAAGUUGCUUCCUGAAUCUAAACAGCUAAACAUUUUAAGAAAAGCAAGAUCUUAUAUAAAACAGAGAAAGUAUGAUGAAGCAGUCUCCCUUUGCAAGGAGCUGAUUCGUCUCGCACUGAAAGGCUUGUCCUAUUAUCACACUUACGACAGAUUCUUCUUGGGCAUCAAUGUUGUUCUUGGUUUUGUCGGAUGGACAUCUUAUGCUUCUUUGUUGAUCAUCAAGUCUCAUUUUAACCUUACUAGAGGUGUCAGUCAAGAAGUUAAGAAACCAAGCCACCUCCUGUCAUGUAGUUUUAUAGCUAUUGGUGUUUUUGUAGCAUUUUUCCUGCUGCUUCAAGACUGUCCAUGGACUUAUUACAUAUAUUGUUUGUUGCCAGUGCCAAUAUGGUAUGCGGUUCUAAGAGAGUUUCAAGUUAUUCAAGACUUUGUCACAUUACUAUUGACCUUUCCUCCAAGUCAUUUUGUUGGAUACCUGUUAGUCUUUACCCUGGGAAUUGAAAUAUUAGUUCUCAGUUUUUUCUACCGCUACAUGCUUACAGCCGGACUUCUUGCAUUUGCGGGUUGGCCAUUUAUCACCCAGCUGUGGACCCGAGCAAAGAGCAUCUCACUGAGCUGGAUUUUCUUCUCUUUGCUCCUGGCAGUGUUCCCACUGAUGCCCGUUGUAGGACGAAAGCCAGAUAUCCUUCUAGUAAUGGUUGCAGGCUUGCUGGUUCUUCUGCUGUCUCUGUGUGUUUUAACAUCUCUCAUAAAAAGAAAAGACAGUUUUAUGAAUGAAGAGCUAUUGUUACAUCUAUUUCAGAUGCUGUGCAUAGCGCUUUCUAUGUGUGUCAUGUAUAGCACCCAUAAUAGUCUACUCAAGAAACAAGGAUUGCCUCUUCUUAACCAGAUCAUUAGCUGGAUAAUAUUAGCCUCUUCCCUCAUCCUGCCCCUGCUGAGUCCCACGAGUCUCUUUGAGCGGUUGUUCAGCAUACUUCUUUCCUCGAUGUCAACCUACAUACUGCUGAGCACAGGGUACGAAGCUCUCUUUCCAUUAGUAUUGUCGUGUUUAAUGUUUGUCUGGAUACAGGUGGAGCAAGAAAUCCUGCAGCAACACGGUGUUUCCCGUAAACAGAAGAUCACCAGUGUCCAGUUCACCUGCAACACUGAUAUAACCCAGUUUCGACAGCUCCAUCUGGAUGACAUCCGUAGGGCCUUUUUCCUCGUUUUCUUCCUAGUGACAGCAUUUUUUGGAACUGGGAACAUAGCUUCUGUUAACAGCUUUGAUCUUGCCUCUAUCUAUUGUUUUCUGACCGUGUUUAGUCCUUUUAUGAUGGGAGCCCUGAUGAUGUGGAAGAUUCUAAUCCCCUUUAUUCUUGUGAUGUGUGCUUUUGAAGCAGUUCAGCUAACCACCCGGUUAUCAUCAAAAAGCCUUUUUCUCAUGGUUCUCGUCAUAUCAGACAUUAUGGCUUUGCAUUUUUUCUUCUUGGUCAAGGAUUAUGGCAGCUGGCUUGAUAUUGGAACAAGCAUCAGCCACUACGUGAUUGUCAUGUCCAUGACCAUCGUUCUGGUGUUUCUCAAUGGCCUGGCCCACCUGCUCACGACAAAGAAACUCAAACUCUGUGGCAAACCCAAAAGCCACCUCAUAUGAUGUUGUCCAAGCCAUCGUUCAACAUCUGGAUACUGCUUCCCAUUCUCCUUUUAAACUAAACUCUUAUCAAGGAUUCAGUAGGAAAGUGGACAUUGAUAUACAGCAUCUUCUGCUCCUAUAGAGAGGAUUACAUGCAGAAUUCCGAGUUUACAGGUUUUCUGGAAUAAAGGAGCUUCCAUUUUCUUGAGUUUCUGGA